ACAUCCAUGGAUAUGUCACCGAGAAUUUAGCCAAUGACAUGAGGGCUUCCCUCGCGUAUCUUGCACUGAUUGGUUGAAAACAUCCGAUCAGCCAACUUACCAGUAUAUACAGAACGAUGAACACGUGAGAGUUUUUCUCUUCACCCAGCGAAAAAAGUGACACAGCCAGUGCCAGAGGUGGCCUGGAGCCCGGGCAACCAUGGGUGGUCAGCUUUCUGUGCUGAUGAGGAUGCAUGCUGAGAGUGUGCAGAACCACAGCAGAGCACCUGAGGAGGACGACCAGCCAGAUCGCUCCACAGAGGACCGCCAGUCUGGUGAAGUGGCUGCUGGUCCAGCCAAGUUCCCCGACCUGAGCGAACUGCCCGCCGAGCUCGGCCUGGAGGUCCUCAAGCAUCUGGAUGCCACUGAUCUGUGCCUGGCUGCCUGUGUCUGGCAGAACCUGGCUGAGGAUGAGAUUCUCUGGCAAGGACUCUGUAAGGACCAGUGGCGGUACGCGUCGGUGUAUCGCCGACUGCGUGCCGGCGGCGCUGACCGCUCCUACCGCCACACCUACCUCCAGCUGGACGAGGGCACGCUCACAUUCAACGCCGACCCGUUCUCAGGAAUGCAGUAUUUUAUCAGCCGCGGUCUGGUCGAUGACGACCCGGCCGAGAUUGCCAUGUUUCUACACAGCAGCAGCCAGAUGAACCCGCAGCAGAUGCGGCGAUACCUGGACCAGCGGCGGGACGUAAUGACCUUGGUGAUGGACCUGCAGAACUACCGCGACCAGUUCCUUCCGGCUGCGCUCAGGAAGCUGUUCAGCAAGGUACAGCCACCCGAGGACCGCGGCAACUACCUGCAGACCAUGCUGGACAAGUUCUCCGUGAAGUUCUGCCAGGGAAAUCCUCAGCUAGGACUGUCGACAGACACGGUGUACAUCCUGUGUUUCUCGCUCAUCAUGCUCUCCGUCGACCUCACAUCACCGCACGUCAAAAACAAAAUGUCCAAACGCGAGUUCAUCCGCAACGUGCGCCACGCCGCCGCUGUGGACGACGUUCUCAGUGGCCAUCUCUACGACGACAUCUACCUGCGGGGCCACAUCGCUGGCCGGCGGCCCGCGCUCGGCUGCCGCUAGGUGUCACCACCGUCGGUGAGCCGAUCGGCCUUUGUAACUCUCACAACGAAUUAACUAGAUGUGCGGUGCGCACCGCGGUACGGCAGCUUCGGUCUGUCGGUACUGAGUUGUUAUCUUGUUUUAGUAUCGGACGUAGUGAUUCGAGCUGCCGCGGAUGGGAGAGGGAAACGUUACGUAUCGCGAGGACUAGUAGAGAAACGUAGAUAAGCCGUCGAUGGGUCACUACGCACAGAAGGGCCCCAGAUAGGUGCUAUUUGAUCGUUAGAAUUGAGGAAUAGAGUUGGAACAGUCUUAGACUGAUGAAUGUGAGGUAGAUCAAAUCUCGUAUUUGCUAGAGAUGGCUAGAAGAUAACCAGGUUUAGUGGUGCACUGCUAUGCAUGGGAAUUGGGAAGGAUUUGAAAGGGUUGUAAAGGAUUGAAAUAGGGAAGGGAUUAUCCAUUACGUAAUGCAGCUCCUAAUCUUAAGCAUUUCAUCCGUCACUCCUCGGCUUCUGUCAAAUAAGGACCAACGCUGUCAUCUUGGCAGUUGACUCUCUGAGAACAUUCGAUCAUGUCUGGGGGCAGCACAGUAUAUUUCUAGUAUAUUUCAGCAUAGAAUAUUUCAGUAUAUUCACAGUAUCAUGUCAUGGCAGCGCCUGAUCCGUCUCAAUCACUGAUUCUAUUCACCAGAUUCACCCGUGCCUGAGUGUCGGUCGCCUGAAUAGCCGCCAGCUGGCAUUGGUGUUUGCUCCUAAUAUCUACCGUCCUCGAUCGCUCACCGUCCUUUCUCAGCUCCUGAGCUGGCCUCAGGCUGGCCCGCAACAUGUCUGAUUCAAUUUCGCGAGAACAUUUAACAGCUAGCUCUCAGGAUAAUCAAACCGUCUGGCUUUGGCCGUGUGGUGUUUUUACAUGAGCUGUUUUGAAGCGACCAAUCUUGGUAAAGUGAAAUUUGGAAACUGAGGUGUUUAUGGAAUUUUGUACCACGGAAUAUGAUUGUUCAACAUUGUCGCUGGUCGAUAAAUGUUCUGAUCGAAUUGCGACAGGUAUCGCAACUUUCGACUUAGAAGUUGAAAGAAGAGGGCAACUGGCUGUACUGUACUUGCAUUAGAGAUGGGUUUAUGCUAAGAAUUCUGAUUCAGUGUUUCCAUCGAUCAGUGGUAAAGUUACGUGCAGUUUUUUAUCCUUCACCAUUUAACGGUAUUAUGUACGCAGCAAAUUUGAGCAUGCAUGACAAAUUCGAAUGGCUCCUGCAAAAUUAAAAUGGCUCCGUAAUGAAUUGUAUAGAACUCAGUAGGGUCUCGCACAGUUAUGUGCCAUAUAUUUGCAUGCUGUCGUGUUACGAACUGGACUCGUAGGUAGCUCGAAGGACGCCUGAGCGGGAAACUGGAGCGAUGCCAUAGAUGUCUUACAAGUACUUUGGCACAGCAUUUUGUGGCGUUGUGCUUAGCGCCUGUGACCCAGAUCAGCUGGCUCAUAGCUAGGUAGCGAAUAGCAUAGCUCUGAUGUAUGUUGGCGGCAAUAACGUGCAAUGCCAGCUACAUGUAUUUCUUGGCGAGUGUGCGAUGUAUCUGAGAGUUUCCUCCCUCUUCGUGCUAACCCUCAAACUUUGACUUGACUUCAGUCCUACUCGUGUCUCAUUGCCGUUUUUCGUGCUCGCUGAUGUGACAGGAUGAUGAGCGUAGACGCAUGGGGAAAUGGGAGGGAGUGUCCCAUGAGGUCUGUAGUGUCCUUCAAGGGGUGUCCCUCUUUUUGUGACCUGGCGCCACUAUGCCAUUGGCAGCACGCUCUAAAGUGGCGAUAAGAAUUGACAUAACCUCGACUUUCCGCCCGGCCAGCCUCCGUAAACGUCCAUUUCAGGGAUAAUGUUAGUUGUUUGACACACGUCCUGAUUCGUUUAUCUGUCACUCGCUUGUAAUAAUAUAUCGGCCUUAGUGUUUGGUGUUGGCUGCCCACUGCCUAGUUUAUGCUCACACGCGCUGUUUGCUGCCCUAGAACGCUCAGUUACUAAGCUAGAUAGAAGGUACGGUCGCUCGCUGAUCCCCUACAAUCAGCGACCAAAUUGUACGGAUGAACUCGAAUCGAUCAGAAAUUGUUUGAGUUUGUGUGUGACGAACGAGGAAAUCUGUGCGUUAUGUUGACCAGAUGUGUCUAUACGAUGUUAUUUUUGUGUUGUUCGUGGGGCUGCCGGCAGCUCCAUAAUCCGUUCGUGUUUGGGAAUUGUGACGAUCAUGAGAGGCGACUUGUCCUGCCAGUCUACUUAAUAUAUUGCUUGCACUAGUCACACUGCAA